UGAUAAUCCUGAAGAAAGGUUGAUUGAAUUGCGAAACCACGAGUAAGUCACAUUAAUUUAAUUUGAAUGAUUUCAGAAUGUUUUAAACAUAGGGAUUUAAAAUUAAUUAAAAAUAAUUUUGCAUUUAAGGUGGUUUGAAGGUUUCGCCUGGGGUGAUCUGCAAACUCUCAAAAUGACACCACCAACAUUAAAGCCAUUGACGACAGGUGACGCUUCUGUUGAAGAUGACUUCUUAGAGUGGGAGCCUACCGAAUUGCAACUCUCUUCGUCUUCGGACGAUGCCUGGGACAGGGGCGACUACUCUUCUAAAGACAGUGAUAAAAUAAAGCGGAAGUCGGUCGUACUGGAUACGAAUGUGGUUGAGGAAAUGGGCGAUGGGAUGGGUGAGGUAAUGAAAAUAAAAAAUGAUAUAUUUUCUUAUGAAUGAGAAAGAUCAGUAACAGAAUAGAAUCUUUCUUUUAUUCACUCAUCUACGCAAUACCAAACAUUUGAAGUCGAUUUUUUUUUUAUAUUUAGAAUGCCCGUACAUAAAUAAUUUCUUAGUAAUAUGUAUUUAUCAUUAUCAAUAUUUAUAAUUCAAUGUAACUUUAUAAUUAUGUAUAAUUUAUACUGUAUAAAUAAUCACAGGGUUUAUAAAUACGUUGACGAGGAUGUUGCUAAAUUUUACAUAGCAAGGAUUUUUCGGUAUUAAAACCUUAAGGUUUGCGAACAGAAUCGUUUUUCAUUAAAUCUAAGCAACUUUUUUGAAAAGGCUUAAUUUAUUUUUUUUGGUACGUUUAAGUAAAGGUACGUUUUCCUCGCGCGGGCGCGGUCGGCGAUCUAAUUUUGUUCGCACCACGAACGACGUUUUGAUAAUAAUUAUUAAUAAUGCAAUGUUUUCAUUUAUGUUUGAACACUCGUUGACAUCGGUUAUUCAAACAUGAGUUUUAUAUCAUUUUUUAUUUAUUUAAAUCAAAAUACACAAAUAAUACAAUAGGUACAAAUAACUAAAUAACCGACAACUAUGUAUGUUAUAAAUAUUUUAUUUGUUAACGUUUACGAAAUGCAAUUUUUUUAAUCUGCUUACUAAUUAUUAUACUGUGUAGUAUACAGAUGGGUUUUAUGUUUUAACUUAAAACAAAUUUAAGUUUAAUUUUUUAAUUUGUUACAAGUACCUUUUUAUAUUUUUUUUUAUAAAUUACGUUUUUUAUUAUUGAACAAUAUUUUAAUAACUCUUGUUCGAAAUCGGUUAUAAAUAUUUUAUUUUUAUUAGAUGAAGACUGCAUGAGAAGGUAUAAACAUAUUAAAGAUGCCUAUUUAAAAAAUAAACGGGCAAGAAAAAUGAUUACUGGAGCAAGUGCCUCUUCAAAACCCUCAAAAUGGUAUUUAGUACCAUUUUUAAAUUUUUUGAAUACAGUAUCACAAGAAAGAAAGUAAGCACCUUUUUUCAAGUGAUGGCUAUAAUAACAAUUUAUUAUUCAUUUUAACAGCACUACAUCAAAUAUUAAUGAUAGUGAUAAUAAUGAAGAUUCUUUCUCAGACGAAGAAGAAAUAAAUAUCACACAAUUCCAUACUCUUCGCUGUAGACGCUUUCAUCUCUUAUUUCCCGUUAGGACUUCGUGAUAAACGAAAGCUUCACCUCAGGCGUUUUGUAGUGUAGCGUUUUAUGUUUAUGGAUUUUAGUUGAUCAGCCAGUUGCAUAUUAGUGCGACCAACAGAAUAUUCGUAAUAAAAC